AGUUGUUGGGCUGAAAGGACUGUUGGUUCAGCAUCUCAAAAGCAUUUCUUGGAAAAAUAUCAGAUGCUCCACUGGGAACUUAGCGGCAAGAUACUCCUGAAGCUACGGAGGGGACUGGCACUGGUUGGAAAGUACUUACUGGGGGGAAAGAGAAAGUAAUGAAACAGUGAUUUUCUCUGAAUGCCGGUAAUAACUCUUUCCAUUUAAAUUCUGUGUGAACCUUCCAGUGCACAACGUGAUUGUACGAGAGCUCUCCUAUGCAUCUUUUUAAGUCAAGCAUCACACAGAGGACAUGGCCUCGACGUGCCUGCGGCCGCUGCUGAGGUACCGGUCCUUCGCCACCCUCUUCCUCACACCGCUGCUGCUGCUGCCGCUGCCGAUCGCCGUGCCGACGCGGGAGGCCAAAUGUGCAUAUAUCAUCAUCAUCAUGGCUGUGUACUGGUGCACUGAGGUGAUCCCACUGGCUGUUACCUCCCUCAUGCCUGUGGUAUUUUUCCCGCUGCUUGGAGUUCGGAGCUCUAAAUCAGUGUGCUUGCAGUACCUAAAUGACACAACCAUGCUCUUCUUUGGAGGGCUGAUCGUUGCAAUUUCUGUUGAACAGUGGAAUCUUCACAAGAGGAUUGCUCUGAGGGUCCUGCUGAUUCUUGGGGUGAAACCUGCACUCCUCAUGCUGGGAUUUAUGGUAGUCACUGCCUUCCUGUCCAUGUGGAUCAGUAACACAGCCACCACUGCCAUGAUGGUUCCCAUUGUCCAGGCUGUCCUGGAUCAAAUGGACAACACAGAGCAUGAUGUGACCAUGAUGGAACAAGCAGCCGGGCAAACAAAUACAGUGAUUGAGCUGGAGGAAAAGAACGCAUCAGAUCCCACUUCAGUGCAUGUCAUAAGCAAUGGACAAGUCCCUGAUGACCCCAGAUCAUCUGAGGAAAAGAAAAUGAGGAAGCGUAUAUGUAAGGGAAUGACACUUUGUAUAUGCUAUGCUGCCAGCAUUGGAGGAACCGCAACACUCACCGGAACAGGACCGAACAUGGUACUGAAAGGCCAGAUGAAUCAGUUAUAUCCCAACAACAAUGAUAUUGUGAAUUUUGCUUCCUGGUUUGGGUUUGCAUUCCCAAACAUGAUUCUGAUGUUGGUGCUAACUUGGCUUUGGCUACAGUGCUCCUUCAUGGGACUGAACUUUAAAAAAAGCUGGGGCUGUGGGACAGAGAGAACUGCUAAAGAAAAAGCUGCAUACAACGUGUUGAAGGCAGAAAUGAAGAAAUUAGGCCCUAUCUCUUAUGCUGAAUCCAAUGUCCUCCUAAUGUUUGUUUUGCUGGUCCUCUUGUGGUUUUCCAGAAACCCAGGCUUUGUAAAAGGCUGGGCCUCCAUGCUCUUCCCAGGAGGAGAAAAGUAUAUCACUGACUCUGCUCCUGCUGUGCUUAUUGCCCUGCUGCUGUUUAUCCUUCCUGCCAAUAAACCCAAAUUCAAAGGCUGGAACCCAAGCAUGUCUGACCCUGGACAGGCUGAAGAAGAUAUAAAAAAGCCAUUUUUAUCAGCCCCGCUGCUAGACUGGAACAUGGUUCAGCGGAAGAUGCCCUGGAGCAUCGUGCUGCUGCUGGGAGGAGGUUUUGCUCUGGCUGAUGCAAGCGCAAGCUCUGGGCUCUCGGCUUGGCUGGGUCGUCAAAUGACCCCAUUAGGAUCUAUCCCACCGUGGGCCAUUGCAACAAUCAUUUCGCUGAUUAUAGCUGUCUUCACUGAAUGCACCAGUAAUGUUGCCACAGCCACCCUCUUCAUACCUGUCUUUUCUACCUUGAACACCUCCAGUGUGAUACUCUCUCCGUUCCAUUGCAGGCCGCAUCUGUCAGGAUCCAUCCCUUGUAUGUUAUGCUGCCCGGUACUCUCAGCGCUUCCUUCGCGUUCAUGCUGCCUGUUGCAACGCCACCAAAUGCGAUAGUGUUUUCCUAUGGCCACAUCCGUGUUUUGGAUAUGAGUGCUGGGCACCGUGAACUCUCACUGACUGUUCCAGGUGCCUCCAACAGCCCGCGCGCCCAGCCGGCUGCGCGCGGUGCAGCGUCGCUCCUCCGCCGUGGGGCGGCGGGCGCGCGGGCGGCCCCGUUCCGCCUGCAGAGGCUGCUCAGCAAGAGGUGAGUUCUAGCGCCAAGAAGUGUCUGGGUCAGACGUUUGUCACCACCUGAAGCUCAUCACAGUAUUUGAAGAAACUGAAAGCAGGAACAAUUAAGCACCCUCUGUGCUCUCGCAGUCACCUGAUGCUGAUUUGCAUCUGUAAGUACCUAAAUGCAUUUGAGAAAGGGACUUCUUCUGCCUUCUGAUGGACUUCACAGUACGAGGACACUUCACCCCUGCCAGGUACUUCACGGUGCUUGCUUUUCACUAUUGCGAAUAACGGAGAGCAGAGCCGCCGUGGAUGGGCAGCACAGAGCUGGCCUGUCUGGGUUCACGCAGAUCAGAACUCCUCUAACAGCCGUCUCGGCUGCAAGCUGUAGGACAGACGCUUCCCUGUCCCGCUCGCAGAAAGGAAUGUUCUGAAAAAGCGCCUUCCUCUCGGCUAGGGAAGAGCUCGGCUCUGCUACGGUGCACGCAGAAAACAAAUGUCACCUUCAUCAGUGGUCACACAGGGUGAUUUAUUGACUGGAGGCCCAAGGCGGGGGGAACGAACAUACGGGGUAAUAAAGAACACUGGUUUUAUUACAACUGUGGUACCUUUGAUUUGUCAUCUCUCUGUCCUUUUAAUAGCAAAUAUUUCUUUCUGAGACACUUUUAUGACAUCCUGUCAUUGAUUUGUAUUUAAUUUAAAUGGUGAGUUGUAGAAUUAGAGCCUGGCAAAUAAAAAAUUACUACAA